ACGGGCCCUAAAAUCUCCCCCUUCUCUUUUGAACAGAAAGAAGGCCGACGGUCUCUGAAUAAACCAUUCAAGCCCUCAACUUGCUGAACAUCGCAGCGAGAGAGAGCGAGAGAGCGAGAGAGAGCGAGAGAGAGAGCGAGAGAGAGAGAGAGAGAGUAAUACAUAGACAGAAAAGCCGUAUUCAAGGAGUCCCUUUCUGCUUCUCUAUCCGUGUUUAACAUGGCAAAGAGGUUCAAAAUGGGGUUAGUUUCAAAGAAGGUUAGACGAGUAGGUCGCAAUGACGCUGGUUCCGAAGACGAGAGCGACCCAGAGAUUGAAACGGAGGAGGAGGAGGAGGCCAGAGAAGAAUUGGAAAUGGAAGACGAAGGUGAAGAUGAGGAGGUGGAUGAGGAGGAGGAGGAGGAAGAAGAAGAAGAUGGUGAUGAUGAUGAUAAGCAAAUUGCUAGCAAAAAGGAUGCCGAGAUUGAGGAGCUCGAGAAAGAAUACUUGAAUCUUCGCCACCAGGAGCAGGAUCUUUUGAAGAGUUUGAAGCGUCAUAAGGAUGAAGAUCUUCUAAAAGGUCAAGCUGUGAAGAACCAACAGGUUCUAUGGGACAAAUCUCUUGAGUUCAGAUUUCUUCUGCAGAAAGCAUUUUCAAGUUCAAAUAAGCUACCGCAGGAACCCAUGAGAUCCUCAUUAUGUGAUUCUGAUGAAGCAGUCAAGAAAGCAUAUUCAGACCUCAUAACUUCAUCUAACCAGGUUUUGGAUUCCUUGUUGGAAUUGCAGGAGGCUUUACUUGAGAAGAAUCCUUCUAUUUCUCAAGGCACAGAUGGGAUCAACGAAUCUUCUAAGUUUACAGAAGUAUCUAAGAAUUUGGAUGGUGAAGGUGAUAAAGAGUGGUCACGGAUUUAUCAAGUUCAUUCCAGAAUAGCUCCAUUUAGAGACAGCUCAAUAGAUAAGUGGCAGAAAAAGACACAAGUGACAACUGGUGCAGCUGCUUUCAAAGGGAAUUUAAAAGCUUUUAAUCAGAAAAUUAGUGAACAAGUUGCUGAUUAUAUGAGGAAUCCAAAUAAAAUGAUUAAGGGCAUGCAAUUGCACCGAUCCGCAGUUGGUGUUUUUGGGGCUGUUCCUACUACAUCAAGUGAUGUUAAGGAUGCAAAUGUUGACGGAGAUCCUGAGCUUCUGGAUGAUUCUGAAUUUUACCAGCAACUUCUGAAGGAAUUCUUUGAGUCAGUUGACCCAAAUUCAUCUGAGACUGUUUUCUAUGCGUUAAAGAGGAUGCAAACUAAGAAACGGAAGAUUGUUGAUCGGCGUGCUUCAAAAAGCCGCAAGAUCAGGUACCAUGUACAUGAAAAGAUAGUCAAUUUCAUGGCUCCAGAGCCUAUGAACCUUCCUCCAAUGGCCCCCAAAUUAUUUGAGAAUUUGUUUGGCCUGAAAAAUCAAAAAACUGCCUCCGUGUCUUAGUAUAUUCAACUCAAGCAGGAAGAUGUAAAGAAAACUUGAUGAGCUGAUAAGUUUUGUAAUGUUAUUUAAAUAUUUUCCCAAGUUCCUCUCUUAUGCCUGAUAUUUGUCCUUGCUAUCACUUCACACUCUACGAGAAUCACCUAUAAAAAAAUCUCUACGAGAAUGAAUUUA